CACAACAGUAGAGAUACGACGGCAGUAAGAUACAAACACAGACACACAACAUAGACACGUACACCCCCUGUCAAAAGUUUUAGUUUUCUCAUUCAAAUGAAUGAGAAAGCAUCCUCAAACUUUUGACAGGGGGUGUACCUGUAUAUGUAUACAUAUAUGUGUGUGUUCAGGUGUGUUACCUGCAGGUGUGUGUUCAGGUGUGUUACCUACUGGUUGUGUGUUCAGGUGUGUUACCUACUGGUUGUGUGUUCAGGUGUGUUACCUACUGGUUGUGUGUUCAGGUGUGUUACCUGCAGGUGUGUGUUCAGGUGUGUUACCUACUGGUUGUGUGUUCAGGUGUGUUACCUACAGGUUGUGUGUUCAGGUGUGUUACCUACUGGUUGUGUGUUCAGGUGUGUUACCUACUGGUUGUGUGUUCAGGUGUGUUGCCUGCAGGUUGUGUGUUCAGGUGUGUUACCUGCAGGUGUGUGUUCAGGUGUGUUACCUACUGGUUGUGUGUUCAGGUGUGUUACCUACUGGUUGUGUGUUCAGGUGUGUUACCUACUGGUUGUGUGUUCAGGUGUGUUACCUACAGGUUGUGUGUUCAGGUGUGUUACCUACUGGUUGUGUGUUCAGGUGUGUUACCUACUGGUUGUGUGUUCAGGUGUGUUACCUGCAGGUGUGUGUUCAGGUGUGUUACCUACUGGUUGUGUGUUCAGGUGUGUUACCUGCAGGUGUGUGUUCAGGUGUGUUCCCUACAGGUUGUGUGUUCAGGUGUGUUACCUACAGGUUGUGUGUUCAGGUGUGUUACCUGCAGGUGUGUGUUCAGGUGUGUUACCUACUGGUUGUGUGUUCAGGUGUGUUACCUGCAGGUGUGUGUUCAGGUGUGUUACCUACUGGUUGUGUGUUCAGGUGUGUUACCUACAGGUUGUGUGUUCAGGUGUGUUACCUACUGGUUGUGUGUUCAGGUGUGUUACCUACAGGUUGUGUGUUCAGGUGUGUUACCUGCAGGUUGUGUGUUCAGGUGUGUUACCUGCAGGUGUGUGUUCAGGUGUGUUACCUACUGGUUGUGUGUUCAGGUGUGUUACCUGCAGGUGUGUGUUCAGGUGUGUUACCUACAGGUUGUGUGUUCAGGUGUGUUACCUGCAGGUUGUGUGUUCAGGUGUGUUACCUACAGGUGUGUGUUGAGGUGUGUUACCUGCAGGUGUGUGUUCAGGUGUGUUACCUGCAGGUGUGUGUUCAGGUGUGUUACCUGCAGGUUGUGUGUUCAGGUGUGUUACCUACAGGUUGUGUGUUCAGGUGUGUUACCUGCAGGUUGUGUGUUCAGGUGUGUUACCUGCAGGUUGUGUGUUACCUACAGGUUGUGUGUUCAGGUGUGUUACCUGCAGGUUGUGUGUUCAGGUGUGUUACCUGCAGGUUGUGUGUUCAGGUGUGUUACCUGCAGGUGUGUGUUCAGGUGUGUUACCUGCAGGUGUGUGUUCAGGUGUGUUACCUGCAGGUUGUGUGUUCAGGUGUGUUACCUACAGGUGUGUGUUCAGGUGUGCUACCUACUGGUUGUGUGUUCAGGUGUGUUACCUGCAGGUUGUGUGUUCAGGUGUGUUACCUACAGGUGUGUGUUGAGGUGUGUUACCUGCAGGUGUGUGUUCAGGUGUGUUACCUGCAGGUGUGUGUUCAGGUGUGUUACCUGCAGGUUGUGUGUUCAGGUGUGUUACCUACAGGUUGUGUGUUCAGGUGUGUUACCUGCAGGUGUGUGUGUUGAGGUGUGUUACCUGCAGGUUGUGUGUUCAGGUGUGUUACCUGCAGGUGUGUGUUCAGGUGUGUUACCU